UACUGUUUAGUUAUAAGCAGAAUGAUAAAAUUAAUAUGCUCACCAUUUUAUAACAAAUUAAUAAUAAACAGAAAGAGAGAAGAGCAACAUCUUAGCAAUACUCACUUAAGUUAAAAAAAAUUCUUAAUGCAGUGGAUUCAUCCAGUAUCAAUUUAAUUUAAGAGGAAAUUGCACAAAAUUACGGAAUGCUUAAAGCGUCGGUUUUCAUUUUAAUCUUAGUGGCGGUCGUUGUCGUUGCCUGGGCAAUACCAAAGCGAGAUGAUAUGAUUAAAUCGCCGCAUAAUCCUUUAGAGCACGAUUCCCUGCACGCUGCUCAUUUUGAUGAUAAUAAACAUAAUCCUCAGUAUGACCAUGAGCAAUUCUUGGGCGAAGAUGAGGCCAAAUCAUUCGAUCAAUUACCUCCGGAGGAAAGUAGACGACGUCUUGGUAUAAUUGUGGAUAAAAUUGAUGAAGAUAAGGAUGGGUUUAUUACAAUGUACGAAUUAAAACAAUGGAUUUUAUAUACUAAGCGUCGUUACAUUGAUGAAGAUGUGGGGCGCCAAUGGAAACAUCAUAAUUCAAACAAUAGCGACACUAUACCAUGGGAAAUAUACAAAAAAAAUGUCUACGGUUUUAUGGACAGCCUAACGAAGGAGGAAAAAGAACAUGAAGAGAAUGGUAUAUCAUAUAAAAGUAUGCUCGGCCGCGAUCGGCGCCGUUGGGCUCAAGCCGAUCAGAAUUUGGAUGACGCGCUGAAUCGUGAAGAAUUUACUGCAUUCUUACAUCCUGAAGAGCAUCCGCUAAUGCGUGAUGUAGUUUUGGACGAAACCAUUGAAGAUAUUGAUAAGAACAAAGAUGGUAAAAUAUCUGCCGAAGAAUAUAUUGGAGACAUGUAUCGCGCUGCGGAACCUAAUGAAGAAGAGCCAGAGUGGGUGACCAGCGAAAGAGAUACAUUCAUUAAAUUUCGCGAUGUUGACGGAGACGGUUUUCUAGAUCGCGAGGAAGUGCGUGCUUGGGUUGUACCUAAAGAUUUUGAUCAUGCUGAAAGCGAAGCAAUGCACCUGAUAUUUGAAGCCGAUGCAGAUAACGAUGAAAAAUUAACUAAAUCUGAAAUUCUUGACAAAUACGAUAUUUUCGUAGGUUCUCAAGCCACCGAUUUUGGCGAAGCUCUUGCUCGUCAUGAUGAAUUUUAAAAAAAAGAAAUUACGAACUUUAUAAGAAAGUAGAACUUAUUGUACACUCUUAAAGUUUUCUUUACUUAAAUCGCUUUAAUUGUGAACGUUUAUACCACAUAGAAAGUGCAAAUUAAUUUGCGCGUCAUACAGACGUAAUCAUUAAAUACUAUUGCUGCUAUAAAAGAUGGAACACUACAUGGAACUUUUGAUUAUGUAUGUAUGAAAUCACUGUUAAAAGCCAAAUAAUUUUAAUUUAGUAAAAUUACUUAUAAAUG